AACCAAAAAAAAAAGUGUCGUUUUCUGACCCGUAAAAACACUCUGUAAGCGGAGCGGAGGCGAGGCACACAAAAGAAAAGAAAAAACACAGAGAAGAAAGGUAAACGGAAAAAUUUCCCUUUUCCCUCGAAUUUCCAAAAGCCCACAAACCGCCAUCUUCAUUCACACUCUAACUCGGCGAAAAGAUCACCACCCACUGUUCCUUCUCUCGCUCGCUUCGUCGCCUGAGGGUUUACUGUUCCCGUCUUCGGUCAAUUCAUUCACUGAGUGGCGAAUUUUCUAUUCUGCUGGAAAUUUUCCUGGAAAGGGGAAAGCGGGUAGGGAAAAGAAAAGAAGCGCAGUUCAGGAGGGGGGAAUAGAAAAAGCGGGGGGCGGCCAUUAUUAUUUUAUCGUUCGUCGGCUGCUUCAAUCAUUUGAUUCGGUCGUGGGGGUGGCAGCGGGAAAUGGAGCUCUGGAAUUGAAAUGAACGACGGGAAGAAGAAGAAGAAGAGCAAGUUUGAAAUCUCCGAUUCCUUGCCUGCGCAGUCCCACCGUUCGAUUGGAAGAGAAGGAGGAGACGAGAGGGCCGGAGGCGCGUGGAGGCUACUGACAUGGCGAAGCGCGUGUUCGAAGUCUGGAAAGGAAGUAAUGUUUAGUAGACCCCACUGCCACAAAGUGGCACGUGGGAUUGAGAAGUUCAUCCUUGGAGGGCGAUUUAUAUUUGGACCAGAUGCUAGAUCACUGGUUGUCACCUUAUCACUCAUCAUUGUUCCAGUUGUGCUAUUUUGUGUAUUUGUUGCAAGGCAUCUACGUCAUGCAUUUUCACCCUACGAUGCAGGCUAUGCCAUUCUAGUGGUUGCAAUUCUCUUUACCAUCUAUGUAUUGAUUCUUCUGUUUCUGACAUCUGCACGGGACCCUGGUAUUCUCCCCCGCAAUUUGCAUCCACCAGAAGAGGAGUUCCGUUAUGAUUCUUCUGCAUCAGUUGAGGUUGGUGGCAGACAAACACCGAGCCUACAGUUUCCUAGGACGAAAGAAGUGAUGGUCAACGGGAUUCCUGUUCGAGUCAAAUACUGUGAUACAUGUAUGCUUUAUCGCCCUCCCCGCUGUUCUCACUGUUCCAUCUGUAACAAUUGUGUGGAACGAUUUGACCAUCAUUGCCCUUGGGUGGGCCAAUGCAUAGGACUGCGGAACUACCGUUACUUCUUCAUGUUUGUUUCUUCUGCAACACUUCUGUGCAUCUAUGUGUUCUCCAUAUCGGCCUUGUACAUUAAGGUUUUGAUGAAUGAUAACCAUGCUACAGUUUGGAAGGCAAUACAGGACUCUCCUACUUCAGUCGUGCUAAUGAUCUACUGUUUCAUCUCUUUAUGGUUUGUGGGAGGACUAACUGGGUUCCACUUAUACCUCAUAGGGACAAAUCAGACAACCUAUGAAAACUUUCGUUACCGGGCAGAGAACAGGAUCAACGUCUAUAACCUGGGUUGUGUCAACAAUUUCAAGGAGGUAUUUUGCACCAAGGUCAAGCCAUCAAAAAACAACUUCCGUGCUCUGGCACAAGAGGAAGAACCACCACCGAGGCCUGUGGGGCGGCCCACAGCUCGUGAAGCAACCGGAGGAGAAGAAGAUUCAGGUGGGGGGAACCCGCGUCCGAAGGUCCAGGACGAUCUGGAGAUUGGUGAGGACUUGCUGAAAAUCUCUCAGCGUCGUAACGUAGAAGAGAUGGAUGAUGAAAUACGCUGCAGAGGGAGCAACGGUGGGGCUCCACACAACACGUCAGAUGUGGAGUCCGUAUUAAGCUCUGAUCAUCAUCGAGCCGCUACGGUUAGAGAUGAGACAAGACACUCGAGUUGGGGGAGGAGAAGUGGCAGCUGGGAAAUUGCACCGGAGGUUCUGGUCAACUCAACGGUGACAGAGAGAAGAAGCUUCAGCUCUUCGAAGGAAACGUGACAGUGACAAUGAGGGAGCUAUUUUCUUAAAUGGUAUGGAUGUCUGAUCUCUCCAAGCUUUCUAUUUUCUCUUUAUAUCCCGAUUAAAAACGGUACAAUUAUGUGGCCGGGGGAGUGGAGAAAGAAGUUUAGGGGUCUCCCCCUGAUUUUUAGGGCUUGUGUCAUAUAUUCUUUGGUUGGGGGUUGACUGCCUCUCUCUUCUGUGCUCUCUUGGGAAGCAGUGGAAAAUAGGGGAAAAUGUACUUCUGUAAUUGUCUUUGAGAAGAAGAUAGGUUGAUUUUGGUUGUCGAAUUUCGCCCUUUGUUUUCCCCCUAUAUUUUUCUUUUGCUUGCUCGUGUGAUGAUUCUUAGGGAGAACUGCUAACCUUGGGUUUUGGAGAGUCCUGUCCUAUAUUUGGCUGGCUGGCUUUAUUCUUUUGGUGUAUAUAAUGAACUUCCCUGGUGCAUUUGCUAGUUCCAAACAUUAAUGUCAAAGCUUUCGUUUUCGGUGUUGUUUUGAUUCGAUUCAGGUCCUUCUUAACUUAAUUCAGUUAGUGAGCAGCAGAAGGGAACAUUUUAAUUUCGGUGGAACUACAGAAAGCUUAACUUCUUAGUCUGCCAAAGUAUUAGUAGUAGUAGUCCUAGAGCAUAGCCAGUUGUUCAAUAUUUGAUCGGAUAGACAUCAUCCUCGCAAGUGGAAGCAUUAUGCCCUAGUUGCUAUCUGAAGGUUCACUGCGUCUGUCUGUCGACUGUUGUAUGGAGACCGGCGAAGAACACUUAAGCUCUC